CCUCAACCGCCGACUUGUUUGAACGUGUGUCAUUUAACACGAAAUCACAGUAACCGCGUGUUUUACUCGACAUCGUAUCGAACAUAUUAUUAUUUAUUGGUGUAUUAUGUGUGUGCUUGUGUCUGUGUUGGUUAUCAGUAUCACAUAAGUUAACCAUGUGGUCCGGUAAGAAGUCGGAGGGAGUGUCCGGCACUCCAAGUGCAGGGGAGGAGGAGAUCAAAGUGGUGUUGGUUGGUGACACCCAGUGUGGAAAGACUUCGCUCGUGCAGAGAUUCGUCUCUGAUAGCUACGUUGAGGCGUACACACCGACCGGAUUCGAGAAGUAUGGCUACACGUGCACAGUCGCUGAUUAUAGAGUCAACUUCUCUGUUUGGGAUACCUCAGGAACCACAGCUUACGACACAGUGCGGCCACUGGCGUACCAGGACGCUAAGAUCUUCAUGCUGUGCUUCAACAUCGCUGAACCCGAAUCACUGGACAACGCUUCUGCUAAGUGGUACACAGAAGUUAGAACCCAUGGUGGGUCAGCGCCGGUGUUACUGUGCGGGUGUAAGGCAGACCUCCGGCAUGAUAAAGAGACCCUCACUAUGCUGUCCAAACUCAAAGCACAUCCUGUCACCAGUGAGGAGGCACUAUCAGUAGCGAGACAACUCGGAGCCACAACUUACGUUGAAACAUCUGCCCGUGCUUCAAGCAAAGGUGUGAAAGAUGCUUUCGAAGUUGCAGCACUUGCAGCGUUGGGAAAACUAAAUAAACAGCAAAUGAAGCAACAGAAACAAGUUGGACGCAGCAAGAGCAAACGUGAUUUGAAAGCAGAGCUAAAGGGACGAGCGAAGAGUUGUUGUGUUAUGUGAUCCGUAGCCGGCCACCCAUCAAGGUGGCCGCAUGACUGUUAGACGACCACUUCCCAUCGUAAUAUAGUGACAUAAUAUUGAAUGUAUCAGUGUUAUACAUUUUCUACAAUUGCGGGCCUAUGGCAGCACCUUGGGACAUCCCUCUUCAUACGUAUUUGAUUAUACAUAUUAAGAAACGGUGAAGAAUUGUUCUACGAAGGUAUUAAACUAUAUAAGGUGUCUACGAUUAUGUAAUACAAGUAUACAAAAUACUAAACUAAGAGAACAGAGUUCUUUAGAAACAAAUUUUAAAAUUGAUAGUAUUGAAAUUAAAUAUGUAAAUUAAUUAAUAUUAAGAAUUAAUGAGAGCGCGACCCUGUGAUAUGUAAAAUUAAUGUUUUGGCAUGGAAUUGUUAAUGGUGUUAUAAAUUACACCAAAUAUUAUUUAAGAGCUACAGACAGAAAGAAAAACCUUCUUAAAGGCCUUACUUAAUUCUGUUUGUAGUAAAUUGUUUUGCAAAGAAAUAUUUGGUAUAAUUUAUCAAUGGCUAGAUGAUGUUAGGCGCUCUAGACCGUCAUACAAAUUAAUGUUAAAUUUUAUAUUACUAUGAAAUGUAAAACAUUGAAAUAAUGUUUUAAAAUAUUAUUCAUGUUUUAUUACGUCGUAAGACAAUUUUCAUAUUGACUAAGUUAUCGAUCAUGCUCAUUAGGAACUAUUCUUCAAAACCAUUUUGAAAAGUUAGACUUUCGAUGAUUAACAAAUCUUGUUAAAUUUGAGGAUUGCCGGUAAUGGGCUAUAAAACAAUUGCCUUUCAAAUAUUAUGGUUUAAAUUCUUACAGCGCAAACGCAAAUGCAAUUAAUCAUACAUGGAUUGAUCAGCAUUUCAUUUUUCAUCCAGCGUCCUUCAAAUUAGAUCUAACUUCCUUUGUUGAUGUUUACUGGAGAAAGGCGUAUGCUUGUAUUGCCAUGCCUUAAAUUUUUUCUGUUAUUAAGGAGGUUCAAUAAUGUUGUCACAUUCUCUAUCAUGUUGUCGUAAGUUUAACUGUCUUUCUGUAGUCAUCUUCAGUCAAUCCUAAUGGUAUUUUAGAGUAUUCCAAAUUUUUGAGCAUGAUUUGUGAUAAAUUAAGUAAUUUGCACAAUGCUGGACAAUAUUAAGUACGGAGGUCCAUUAAAUGUUUGAUAUGACGUCCACUACUGCAUUAGUUUAGAUUUUGUACAUCCAUGUUGCUUGUAAUAUCGGUGUUAGAUUCAUGUACACUGUAAUAUAUUUGCGGGCCUACUUCGAAAAACGAGAGUUUAGUCUUUUCUCUUAGAUGAUAGGAUGUUUUUGUUAUUUGAAAUUUCGUACUGAAACACUUAUAGACAACAAUAACCGCACAAAGUUGACGACUUUUAAGAAAAAGGCAAAGUAACUGCUGUCCGUAAAUCAGUAUCAAUUUUUAAAUCUGUAGAACAUACCUAGAGAGUGGGUAUUGCAUAGGCAAUCACAAUAAAUGUAUAAAAGGUAUUUAUUCUUCAAUAUUAUACCAUAAUUCUUUUUCGUAUCAAUUAAAACAUUACUACCGCCUCGAAAACAAUUGGCUCUCCAACAAAAAAUUUUAUGCAUCAGUGUUAUAUAUGUUGUACAAUUGAGGGCCUAUCGCAGCACCUUGGAACAUUCCGCUUUAAACGUAUUUGAUUAUAUUAAGUACCUCGAAUCAGAAAUGAGGAGAGAGGAGAACCAAAGUAACCGAUAUAGUCCGAACGAUUGCGAAACUGAAGUGGCAGUGGGCAGGGCACAUAGUUCGACGGACAGAUAGCCGUUGGGGUAGUAAAGUUCUCGAAUGGCGACCUCGUACCGGAAGACGAAGUGUUGGUAGGCCCCCACAAGAUGGACCAACGAUCUGGUCAAGAUCGCCGGAAUAGGUUGGAUGAGGGCAGGGCAGGACCGAUCGUCGUGGAAAUCUUUGGGGGAGGCCUUUGUCCAGCAGUGGACGUCUUCCGGCUGAUGAUGAUGAUGAUGAAGUACCUGUGAUGAAUUGUUUCAUGAAGAUAAAAAUCUAAUGUGCCAUGAAAUUAUCUAUGACACAUUUUUGUCUGUUUUAUUAAUUUAAAGCUGGGUUGUGGGUGUUUAGCAAAAUGAUUUUUUAGUACGACCAGUCAACGAUGUGCGUUUUAUUUUCAAUCUUGUUGUAAAGAUACAACUUCGUUAUUCGUGGUAGAUCCAUCGUCUCUGUAUAUCUGUUUGUUAGUUUAAAACUAAAAUAUAUAAAUGUUUAUAAUAUAAGCGUAAUUCAAAAGUAGUGUUUUAUUAAUCUGGAAAAUAUUGUUGUCGAUAAAAUAGAGCGCUUUUUGUGCUCUUAAUAUGUAGUCUUGAUGAAGCUGGUAAAUGAUUCAAUUCAAAAUCGAAAAUUUGUUUACUAGAACUAAAAUAAUUAAGACUGCAACACAUUGUAUGGUUAAUUUGAUCUUAGUUUAUAGAUAUAUCAGAAUUUUAAAAAUGAAAACAUCUUAAUAUCAAAUCUAAACGAUUUUAAAUAACUAUACAGUGCAUUUUACUAAUGGAAUCGUAUUUCACAGGCACUAAAACAAAGACUUAUUUAACUAGAUAUCAUUAAAUAACUAUGGUUUAAAUAAAUGUUAUAUUAAUAUACAUACAUUGUAUAUUGUAGGCUUGAGUUUAUGAAAUGAACUUAAAACUACUUAUUUGUAAUUAUGAAUAUAUUUACAGAAAUUGGCUAUAGUUUUUUAUUAUUUAAAUAAGCAUAUUAAGCUUUAAAUUCAAAGUUAGCUUUAAUUAAAUUACAUAUUGUUAUAUUUACGAAAAUGUUAAAUUUCAUUUGGGUAAAAGUAAGAUGUAAUUUAUUUAGUAAUACUUUUUUAUUUUUAGAUUGAACAUAUCACAUUAAACAGUCUUCUUGAAAAUGUUUCCAGUCUUAAAUAUGGCGGCAUUAUGACAUUGUUCGUUGUAUUAAUUGAUAUAUAAUGCUAUUUAGUACACAAAUAUAGUGGAAAAUAUAAACAAAGUCGAUUAAUAUUAACAUCGAAAUUAAUAUACUUUAAGAUAUAUAUGUAUAUUAUAUGUUACAUAAUAUUACUCUUUGAAAUUAUUAAUCCAAAUUCAAAUUCAAAAAAAUGUAACAAAUUUCAUAAAAAUGAUUUAUAAACAUUAAUUCCAACUAUAUUUAUCAUUCAAAUAAUCUUUCACAUUACAAUAGGCCUUAGAUUUUAAUUAAUUUUUUACGAUACAUUAAAAUUUUUUAAUUGGUAUUAUUUUUAUAUCAUUUGGGAGUUUGUUAUAAAAUAUAACACAAUCCAUUUUAAAAGAUUUAGCAAUAUUACUGAGCCUAGAUUGACAUAACACAUUAAUGUUGAAAUACUUACUUUUCUCUGAUUUUUUUAUGUAUCGACGCGUUUUUUAAUCGAUUCUUCCCUAUGUGGUGUACUAAUUAUCGGUGAAUUAAUUACAUUAACUUUCCAUUUAGCUCGGUCAUUAUGAAAUCUGCCAUAUCUAGACAUUAUUAUAUCCAUGUUUGUAAUCAAACGUGUAGUAUAUUUUGUCAUUUCCAUUCGUAGCAUGUUUUGUGUAUUAUAAAAUAUACCUACAGUUGUGAGUCACUUCUUGAUGUUGUUUUUAAAUAUAGAAAUCGAUGUUUUU